GGAGGGCAGGCUCAGGAUCAAGGUGUGUUUAUAUAAAGACAGAGGGAUAGCUCUGGAAAUCCUUGCUCAGGAAGGCAAAAGGCUGGAGGAUUUUGAAAAACACACCAUGAGGAUCUUGAUUUUUGUCCUCACACUGAACAUUUUCUCGUGUUCGGGCUUUCCAGCAUAUGACUACGAGAUCCCCAUCACUGAAGAGGCUCUCAAUGCUUCCAUUGCACGGAUCAAUUCCCAGUCAUGGAGCAGAAACCUGUACGGUGUGGUCAGGAGCCGAGUCAUGGGAGUGGACAUGUGGGACAGCGACGCUUACAGGUUAGACCUGCAGUUCAGCAUCCGUGAGACCGUGUGUGCCAAAGCCUCGGGGAGAGACCCCUCCACCUGUGACUUCAGAACGGGGCCUUUCGUGGCCACUGCUUCCUGCAGGAGUGUGGUGGAAGUCUCCGGGGAGCUCAUUUCCAACAUCACUGUGCGGUGCCACCGCAGCAUGUUCAGCUCCGAAUCGAUGAGCAGCGAGGAGAUGAUGCAUGUGCCCAUAGUGACCCCUGACAGGCGAGGCAGUGCUGGCAGGGAAGGCAAUGCUUUUGCUCCUGAAGCCUUCCCUUCAAGGGGAAGAGGCGGCAGCCGUGGGGACUGGGACAAACCCAGCCACUUCAGCUCUGGCAGAAUGGAAUAACCUGGUUUGGGGCUCGUUGAGCGCAUCCUGCGGAUUCCUGGAGGUCAUUAUCCUGCACAUUCCUGGAGGUCAUUAUCCUGCACAUUCCUGGAGGAAUGGACGUGUCUUUGUGCCGAUUCCAGUGCCACAGGGCCGCACAAACAAACAAACAAACCGAAGGGAUGCGGGAGAACCGCAGCGUAGGUUGCCGGGGAAAAGCACUGGUCUCGGAGAAUCCCUGAAGGAGAUGUUUGGAGCCCAAUUAACGGGAAGGAUAAUGAGAGACACCCGUGAUUUAUUGGAGCUGGCAGGGCCUGUCCUACACCAAGAACCUUUGCUCCUGCAUGGGAUGCAGCCCUAAUAGCUGCUGAUGCUUCACCUGCCAUCUCAGGGAAUUAAUCUGAAGGGAUGCGCUUUGAAGGAGUUUCAGCAAYGGGAUGAGCUCAUUCCUUGGCGUGCUAAGCGGCUUUAAAGUGGCUGAGGAAGGGAGAGGAAAUGACUUAGCGCUCUGUGUUUGUGAUUAAAAAGGUUUGGGUGCGCAUCGUUCGCGGGUCUCUGUCCCCACGGGAGCGCCAGAACUGAGCGCUCCCGGUUCCUGCCUUGGAAACCAGGCGGGUUUAGAGGGAAUUCAGCACCGGUGACUCACCAAAAGCUCUCUCACACAUGUUACUCAUGAGAGGAUCUGCGGUGAACCUCGGGGACGAGCCUCCCGCUCUCCUGGAAACGAGAUAUCAAAGGAAAACCCAGGCGCUCUGCUCCGUUUGGAAGAAUAAUUUCAUUAAAUCCAUAUGCUAUUUUAGUUUAUCCAUUUAAUCACUGCCUUUCUUACUGGAGUCUCUGACUUCCCUCUGCAUUUGGAAAGUGCCAGAUAUCUUUAAUUCUUUGGCUCUCAAGAGGAGCUGUCCUCUUUUAAGCAGCUCUUGAAAAUACUUUGUGUUCUCGUCAUCUGAUGUCUAACAACUCUCCAAACUGAAAGCAAGAUGUAAAAUCUCCCUGAAAAAAAACUGCCAAAACCCCAUGAAACAAAUAGGGAAAAAUUUAUGGCUCUUGAAACCUGGAGCAGUUCAAAAUUUAAUGCUUUUCCGCUUGCUCUUGAAGAUGGGUUCCAAAAGUGUCGUUUAUGGAGCUGUAUUUCAUUGCAAGUGUCAUUUAUGGAGCUGUGUUUUCCUGCCAGUUUCCCAGGUUUUGGAUAUCUCAGAGGCAGAUACAUCAGGAGAUUGAGGGAGAAUAUCAACCCCACCCCCAGAGCCCCUCGUUUCUCUUGCUUUUAUCAAUUUGACUUACUAGCUGUAAAAUCUGCAGGGGAAUCUUCCCAAUUUCCCUUGCGUCCGCAAUCAGAGGGUUUCAUUUGAAGCCAGAAAUUAAACAGAUUUCAUGUGUCUGAGGCCAGGAAAAAUUAUUCCUGGGCUGUUUUCCCUGGGUUUUGGCAUGUGGGUGAUUCUGGCUGGCAUUAUUACAAGCCAUGCAGUGGGAAAUCGGUGCUGAGUUUUGCAAUGGCAGCAGCUCCACCAGCUCAGCUGAGCUGAGAAUAUUUUUGGGGAGGCUGAGGAAACAGCAAUUUAAAACCAGAACACUUUCAUCUCUUCCCCAAAGAAGCUGGUGCUGACAGGCAAAGCUAGACAAGCUCAGGUAAGAAGCAAAAUGUGGGGUUUUUUAAAUUUUUUUUUGCACAUCAGAAUGGGUAACUGACUGCUGCGAAAAUUCUCAGGCAAGUGGCUGACAGUUUUUUCAUGCUGGAUUUUACAUUUCUGAACUAGGCCUUCUUAUCUUUUUGGCCACAGGAAUUAUUUCAGGAGGAUCCCGUGCCUGGCUUUGUGCAAGAAGCCAGGCUAAAUGAACUCCCUGGCGCUUUGUGGCUCUUUUUAUUUAUUAGAAUGUGCAAAAUAUUCAAGUGGAAAAAAAAAUCAGUGCCAUUGUUACAUAAAGAACAUUUUCAAGCCUGCAGUCUUCAGACCCACCAAUCUGCUGGUGCCUGCAGGAGUUAGAAAUUGCAUAUGAAAAAAAAACCCAUCAAUGAUUAAUGAGCUUACUCCAGUGACAAGUCCUAAUCAGAUUUUCUGGAUUUAUUUCCCAGUCCAUCUCCAGAACUGGAGGGAUUGUAGAAUUCUCACAGCGUGUUGUGUGUUUCCAUCAAAUAGUUCAGGCAGGGAGUGACAGGGGAGGGUUGAUCACCUGUUAACAACRUGAGCCCGCAACGAAUCUGUUUCAUGAUGCUCAUGGCUCUGAAUUGCAAAGAGGAGCCUAAAAAUGGCUCAAACUCACCCCAGAAAGCAAAAGCGCUCUGACAGCUUUGCUCUUCCAAAAAAAUCACCAUUAUUUUUUGUGCUGGGGUGAAGCCUGACCCGUGGAGUCUCCUCAGYAAUUCUCCAUGUCCUUGAGCAGGAAAAUCAAGAAGUGAACUCCUGCCUUUGUAAAAYACGUAGAUGGCGAAUGCUGAUUGUCAGGAAAGUGGUUUUUUUAACAGGAAAAUCAACUUAAUUCGCCAUCCAGCCAAGGGGCUGUGAUUUCCUCCUCAAGUUUUCUGUGUUUUCCUUGCAAUUGCUCUGGGGCUGAGGUCUCUGUCACCUGGCACAGCUCGCUGCUGGCAGGAGGGUGGUGGUGGCAGUUUUUAGGAGCUGAUUGACACGUGCAGAAGUGGGGUAGACUGGCAUCUUUAAAUAUCAGGGUGCGUU